AUGCCGCGUGUGCGCUUCUUGCGUUGCACGGCUGAGUCGCUCUGUCGCACUUACCGGUUGAAAAAUCCCGCUAAAAUUUGCAAUUUGCGAGAGGACUCGCUGGGGCAAAUUCUGGUGUACGGCAACAUUUUUGCAGGUGGACAGGUGCUCGUGGUAGACACCUGCAUGGGUUUGGUCGCUGGCGCAAUCGCUGAGCGUCAGGGAGGUUCCGGACGCAUCAUUUGUCCGUACGAUGGUCAGCAGCCUGCUGCCGAUAUCCUGCGACGUUUUAACUUUGACAAGCGCACGCUGGAGUCCAUCCACUACAUGCCGUUCAAGCAAGUGCGUUUGCUUGAGUUGACAGAAGAAGAAGUGGUGGAGCCUCCGAAAGUAGCUAGGGACGGUUUGACAUCGGAAGAGAGGGAACGUCUCGAAGCGGAACGUGCAAAAAUGUUUACACCGGUGCAGCAGAAGCGAUACGCUGAAAAGAAGGCACGUCGUGAGGAGACCAAGAUUUUUCGUCAGAAACCAUCGACAAUACGCCAGUGGGCUCGUGAUCAGUGCGAUAGCCUGGUAAUCGCGUCAAAUUACGAUCCAGAGGAGGUUUUAAUGGCUUUGUUGCCGUACUUGGGCCGAUCAAAGCCAUUUGUCGUCUACUCUGAAUUCCUCGAGCCCUUGACCCGGACUUUUGCUAGACUUCAGAAGAUGGAAGCCGUCAUUGAUCUUCAGCUGAACGAGACAUGGACCCGGGAGAACCAGGUGUUGCCAGGUCGAACUCACCCAGAGAUGAAUAUGAGCGCUUGCAGUGGUUAUUUACUAUGGGGAAUCAAGAUUCUUGACGUUCCGCCUCUAGGAGGUUUGCGUAGCAUUUCUGAACAAGCAAAGCAAGAUAAUACGGAAUCCAAUGGAUCUUCAGCACUGAAAAAGCUGAGAACGGAGGCCAGCCAAUCAACGUCACGCGCUUGA